AUGGAAAUGCAGCACGUUCAUGAGGGGAAGGUCUCUGUGGAGACUACACCAAGAGAAGAAGGACAACAAGUAUCUAAGGAAUCUAAACGAGGAGGAUGGAUUACCUUCCCCUUCAUUACAGCAAGCGUGAUGGGUCUUUCCAUAGCAGCCGGUGGGUGGACGGCGAAUCUAAUAGUAUUUCUAAUAACAGAGUUUAACGUUAAAAGCAUAACCGCUACAAAAAUAUACAACGUUGUACUCGCUUUCAGCUGUCUCUUUCCCGUCGCCGGUGCAAUCAUUGCCGACUCUUUCUUCGGCUCCUUUCCUGUUGUUGCCACCUUUGCCUUUGUUUCCUUACUGGGUAUGAUCAUGGCCACUCUAACGGCUACAAUACAUUCCUUGAGGCCACCACGAUGUGCAUUAAUUGGCUCAGACACCUGUGAAACGCCGUCAAAUCUUCAACAUGCAAUUCUCUAUAUGAACUUAACGCUGGCUGCACUAGGGUUUGGAGGCACCCGCUUCACAAUUGCGACAAUGGGAGCCGAACAAUUCGACAAGCCCAAAGAACAGGGCACUUUCUUCAGCUGGUUUUACUUCGCGUUAUACAUUGGUAAUGUCAUCAGCUACACCGCCGUCAUAUAUGUUCAGGACAACGUGGGCUGGGGUUUAGGGUUUGGAAUAUGUGCCAUUGCUAAUGCUGUUGGCUUGGUCGUGCUUUUGUUGGGAAAGCGAUUCUAUCGCCAGGUUAAGCCCAUGGGAAGCCCUUUCAUGAGCAUAGCUCGUGUCAUGGUUGCAGCAAUCAGGAAAAGGAAGAUUUCGAGAGCUUCUGGAAGCCUAGAUUAUUAUUUUGGAGCCACUGGGAAUAUGUUAAAAAUGGAAGAUGGCUCACCGACUAAAAGUUUCAGAUUCUUGAAUCGAGCAGCACUAAAAACUGAAGGUGAUAGACAACUAGACGGCUCAUAUGCAAGAUCAUGGAGGCUAUGCACCGUGGAAGAAGUGGAGGACCUCAAAAAACUAGUCAGAAUCAUCCCAAUAUGGUCUUCUGGUAUUUUUUUAGGUACUCCAAUAGGUGUUUUCGGUAGCCUCACAAUCCUCCAAGCCCUAACAAUGGACCGGCAUCUCGGACCCCAUUUCAAAAUCCCAGCUUCCUCUUUCGCAGUCUUCAACCUCUUAGCUACAACCAUCUCAAUCUUUACUAUCGACAAUUUCCUCCUCCCUAUGUGGCAAAAUAUGAUUCGCAGACCUUUGACACCCCUCCAGCGUAUCGGAAUUGGCCAUGUCAUCAACAUUCUUGCCAUGGUGGGGUCCGCCCUAAUCGAAACUAGACGGCUCCAUGUGGUGCGAACCCAUCAACUCAGUGGCCAACUAGGCUUGGUUGUGCCCAUGUCAGCUCUGUGGCUCGUGUUGCCACUAGUUGUUAUAGGCAUUAGUGAGGGAUUCCAUUUCCCAGGAACAAUUGCACUGUAUUAUCAAGAAUUUCCGAAGUCACUGAAAAGCACGUCCACGGCUAUGGUGUCGUUGUUGAUCGGAAUUGGGCUUUAUCUAAGCACGACGAUGAUAGAUUUGACGGAUAGAACGACAGGAUGGUUACCAGACAAUAUCAACGAUGGGAGAUUGGAUAAUGUGUUUUGGAUGAUGGCAGUGAUAGGAGCUCUAAAUUUUGGGUACUUUUUAGGUUGUGCCAAGAUUUUCAAGUACCAACAUGUUGAGGACCAUGACGGGCAGUCUUCGGAGCUGGCUUACUAA